AUGCCUUUAAAAAGGACUCCGCCUUCCAUUCAUUUAUCUGAGUCAGAGCCUAACCAAAGUUCAGCUCCUGAUACGGAAAAUGAGAGCUCCAAUAACAUGAACAGUAGACCUCGUGCUCGCAAACGACAACAUGGCGACGAACUGACGACAUUUAUGGUGGAAAUCAGAGGUAGCAUGGAAACUUUAAAAACUCAACAAGAUAUAUUACAAGACAGUGUAAAUGAUAUUCAAAAGCAAAACAAUGAUAUAAGGGAAUCGAUGGAGUUUAUUUCAAGGCAUUAUGAAGAGAUUAAGGACAGGUUAACAAGGAUGGAAAGUGAAAGAAAGGUUCACUUGGCUUAUAUUCAAUCGCUGGAAACUAAGGUGGAGACCCUGGCAAGAGUGCAAAAACAAGCUACUGUGGAAAUACGUAACAUCCCUGUCAAGAAAGGCGAAUCUAAAACAGAUCUUUUAAAUAUUGUUAAAAAGAUUGGCGAUGCUGUGAGCGUGAAGGUGGAAGAAAAUCAUAUUAGGGAUGUUUUUCGUAUGAACACAAAGAAGGGAGAUAGGCCUGUACUAGUAGAUUUUUCUACUGUAAUUCUAAGAGACAAAAUUCUUGCAUCGGUGAAGGAUUAUAAUCGUAAAAAUAAGGAAAAUAAACUUCAUACUGGACAACUUGAAAUGGUCAGUCAAGUACAACCAAUCUUCAUUGGUGAAUCCCUAACUCAGGCAGCGAGAAGAAUCUGUUUCUUGGCAAGGGAGCUUGGCAAAAAGAAUGGUUACGCAUACUGCUGGACUGCUCAUGGUCGAGUCUUUCUACGUAAAAAGGAGGGUUCUCCAGCAAGAUUAAUUAGCAGGGAAACUGAUCUGGACCAUCAGCAGUCUAACCCUGACAUAUGA